AUGACGAAGACGAUCAAGCUCGUUUCCAGCGACGGGCAAGGGAUCAAGGUGGAGGAGGAGGUGGCCCUCCGAUCGAAGGUCAUCGAGGAUAUGCUCAACGAUGUUGAUGGUAUUCUCGAGAACUGCAGGAAGCAUGGCACCGCUAAUUCUUCUCCCUUGUCGCCCUCCUCCUCUGCCAUUGUCAUCGCUUCCACCGUCUCCUCUGAUGAUUCCUUCUCCUCCUCCAUUGCCUCCUCCUCCGUCGCUGCCUCCUCCGACAACUCCUCCUCUUAUUGCAUCUCAUUGAAGUCCAUCUCGAACCCAACACUCAAUGCUUGGGAUAGAGAGUUCAUCAAGCUCGACUCAUCCUCCUUGUAUGAUCUCCUCAUUGUAUGUACUGAAGAAGAAGGCCAGAGGUAG